GCUUCCUUUCUGAGUGUGAGUCAGAGACAGGGAGGCAGCAGGCAGAAGGAGCUACGGGAGCAGUGCAGUGUGUCUGGAUAUUUUUCAUCUGGGAUUUCUCAGGAACAAUGGUUCUUCUGCCAACAAGCUCCCCUGCUAACUUCAGCACUACGGUUAUGUAUGGAGCCCAAAACCAAACAAAUACAACUCAUUGCCCUCAUGCAGAAAAAAACGAAUGGCACUCUACUGUGCUGCCACAUUACAUCCUGGUCAUCUCUGUGCUGGGAAUCCUCCUCAAUGUGUUUGUACUGGGGGUUUUCUGCUUUCAUAAGAAGCCCUGCUCCGUGGCUGAGAUCUUCCUGAGCAACAUGGCCGCCGCUGACCUCAUCCUCAUGGCUUUCAUGCCCUUCUGGGCUGUGUACACGGCCAAAGGAUUCAACUGGCCCUUUCCCAAUCCCCUAUGCACAGUGGUCACCCUCUCCAUCAACAUGAACGCCUACUGCAGCAUCUACUUCCUCGUGCUGAUAAGCAUUGAUCGCUACGUGGCCCUGGUGCACCCGCUGUCCCAUGACGGAAUACGUCGGCCAAAAUAUGCCAAACUGUGCUGUGUGCUGGUGUGGUGUUUCGGCUUACUGCUGAGUGUCCCCACACUCGUCUACAGGAAAGUUAAAUUAUACUCAAACUCUUAUGUAUGCCAGCUUAAAUACCCAAAUGGCACCGUGCGGGAUCUGUUCAGCGUGAUGCUGAUCAUCUUCAGCUUCGUCAUCCCAAUCUCCAUUAUUUCCUUCUGCACUUUUAGGAUUAUUCAAGCGCUGAACAGCAGGUUAAGUGUUGCUUCGAACACAAAGAAAAAGGAGCAGAAGGCCACCACUCUGAUGCUGACAGUCCUUCUGGCGUUUAUGAUUUGCUGGGUACCGUUCCACCUGCAUAAGAUAGUCCAAAUGCUUGUGUAUGCAGGAGUCAUUACAGACUGCACCCUACUCACCAUCUACAACAUCUGCUUGCAUAUCUUCAUGAAUUUGGCUUUCUUCAACAGCGUUCUCAACCCCGUCCUCUACGUUAUGGUAGGAAAGAAUUUCCGCAAAAAAGUUAGGGAACUCUUCCAGCAGAGGAGCACUAACACAACAUUGUCCUUCAACACCACCUACGCAAGAUAAUCUGCAGGAAGCUUUGGGCAUUUAUUUUUUCAUAUACAAUUUUACCCAAUGAAACUACUAUUAAUUUUGAUUGUUUUCUCUGAACACGCUGUGAUAGACAAGCGCUUGAUGACAACACGUGACUCAAUUUACCGUUUAUGCCAUUUAACACUCAGGCCUAAUGACUUUUGUUUCCGAAAAAAAUAUUCUCAGACCAAUAUUACACUGCUAAGUAUUUAAACCAGACGUUGUCUGUGUACCAGCAACGGUUUAAAGUGUUAAUAUUAAGGUUGCGUUUGUUUCCUCUCUCCUCCGUGUGAUUAUAUCAGGGUAUGUUUGUAAAUCUAUUUCUCUGUGCUGUAGCCUACGGUGUCGCUCUAACUGUUUUGUAAAAUCUUUAUGUUGAACAAACUCUGCCAGAAAUUAUAACCGAGUAUUUCUCUGUCUGAUACUGCCGCUGGCCACCUACGCAAUGUGCUCACAUUUGCAUGAGUGUAAAGUUUGUUGCUUUGUACAGUUUAAUUCAAAUUCUCCACGGUAGAAAAAGAAAGAACUGCAUUUCAGUCAUUUUGGUGUUUGUGAUGGAACAACCUCUGUUCUACAAUUGUGAAACAAUUUGCAUCAUCAAUGUAGUUGUAUCUGCAGAUGCAUAUAUGCAUGCAAAGUCUUAAUCUCAUACCAAUCUUUAAAUAAACUUUGUGACAGUAUUUAUGAAGAAAAUAAAGACAUGCUUUCACUUG